AUGUUCACCGGCCCCCAUAAUGAAACAGCCUGUUUGUCCCUGAAUCUAUUGGUUCUCAGUUCGAGUUCCGCUGAGGGCAAUAGUGAAGUGAAGCGUAAUCUGCUUCGGCUCCAUUUAGAGUCCUCCUGGACAGUUUUGUUGAUCUCUAUCGAAGAUCAGUCGAGCAUAGAAUGCCUGAUGGCAACCAAACAAAAACUGCUUCUGCAGCCCAGUUGCCCUUACCCAUCUGCCCCAAGACCCCUCCCAGCGAAGCCUAUCAAUAGCCUGUAUUCCUCGGACAGCUGA